AUGGCAUUAAAACAAAUUACAGGUUUAUUCAUUGGAAUUUAUAGUUUACUAUGGCAUUGCAAUUUGUGCGAUGCUGAUGCAUUUUUCACAACUAAUUCUUGCUACGGUAUGUUUGCCGCCAUUGCAGUGCCCUUGGAGUUGCCGAAUCGCAACAUCUUCGUCUCGUACAAUUUCGAAGCGAACUACAAUUUACCCUAUACGUUCAAUAUACCACCAAUCGCGACUGGCGUUGAUUACGAAGAUAUAUUUAUUAAAGGUGAUUAUUCAUCACGUCAAAUGUCUCAGACAGAGGUUUGUGCCAAUUGCACCCAUUCGACCACAGCAACAACAACAAAGCCUGCAGCGAAUGUAACAAGUGAUGGAAGAGAAGGUGCGCAACGACGACGACGCCGAAAAAGUACGGUGAAAUCAUUAUUAACGCGCACACAUUUCUAUUACAUACUCAAGGAUAGAUUUGAGAGAAGCGGCUACAGCGGCGAACCCUGUCUGCUGCGUUUGAUUUGCGAGACGAAUUCCUCUGGACUCGGUGAAGUUAACGGCGUUCUGGGCACAUUAGUGCAUAUAAUUUUUUCUCCAAGCACAUCGGCAAACGAAAAUCUGCCACAUUCUUACUAUCAAGCCGAGAUGGACGGCGCUCAUGGGAUGUGCGAACACUACGCGACCGAAUGCGAAGAGAACCCAUUAGACCUGAUUUCAGCGCCGCUUGGUGAUAUUAUCGAUGAUUUAAUGGGCGAUAAAUAG